GGGGCGCGGGGCGGGGCGGCCAUGGCGGGCAGGGUGCUGUUCCGGCGCGGCGCCGGGCAGAGCGACGACUCGGACAUGUGGGACGACACGGCCCUCAUCAAGGCGUACGACAAGGCGGUGGCCUCCUUCAAGAAUGCUUUAAAGAACGGGGACUGCUCAGAGCCUUCGGACAAACAGGAGCAGCGGGCGGGGGUGAAAAGGAAAAACAGCAAGAAGAACAGGAACAGAAACAAGAGCAACGCCGUGCCGUUGAAGCAGUGGAAAGUUGGCGACAGCUGUAACGCUGUUUGGUCUGAGGAUGGUAAUGUCUACCCUGCAACUAUUGCCUCCAUAAAUCUGAAGAGGGGUACAUGCGUUGUUACUUACACCGGAUAUGGAAACAAGGAGGAACAGAACCUGGCUGAUCUACUUCCUCCAGCUAGCGAUGAAACAAAUGAAAAUGAGACUCCGUAUUCAACAGAUGAAAGUGAAAAAUCUUCCCAGUCACAUCACAAUGAAAACAACUGCACAAAAGCAAGAUUCUCUCCUAAAAACUUACGGUUUCCCAUCCCACCAACACCUCCAGGCUUGGGAAGGCAUGGUUCAAAAUUCAGAACACUUCCACCGUUCUUGUCUUGCUGGCCCCCACCCUUUCCAGCAGGACCACCGUUGAUUCCUCCUCCACCACCUAUGGGGCCAGAUUCUCCUGAGGAUGAUGAAGCGUUGGGGAGCAUGUUGAUAGCUUGGUAUAUGAGUGGUUAUCACACUGGAUAUUACCUGGGGUUAAAACAAAGUCGAAUGGAAGCAGCCCUAGAGAGAGAAGCCUAUCUAAAAUAGCUGAAUGACCAUCACUCUUUUGAAGGAUUGUAAGUAUGGUAAUUCUGCACUAAAUGAAGAUACACUCUCACCUGAAUAUCUGUUUAGCUCUUGGAAAACAUUUGAUUCUAUGCAAAAAGGUUGGGCUCCCGGAAUUCCACCUGCUUUCAUGGCUCUCUGUAAAGACAGUUUCUGUUAGAAUUAAUUCCUUUGCCCAGCAGCAGUGGAAUACUAUUUUCUUGGGUAGAAUGAAGGACAGUAUUUAAGUGCUGUGAUGAGAGGUAUAACUAACUGCUGUAUCUCUCUGCACAGGUUUAACAGGGUGGUUGACUUGAACUAUUGUCACUUAUUGUAAUAAGUGACAUCUACUUAUUGUUUAAAUCUUGUUAAGCGAAAUGAUAAAAUAUAAUUUUCAUAUUUAUGUAAUUUCUAGCCUGAUGUGUAACUGCACUUUGUUUUCUGGACAAGGUCAGCAUUUGGGGCUCACGCUUCUGACCUGUUCUGUUCUGAAAACUUCAGUGCUUGUGUUUUUAUUUGUAAUCUUUUGUUUAGAACCUUCCAAUAUAUUCUUUGGUUCCCUGUAGGACAAAACUACAUUCUUGCGAGUACAUCUUCUGAUUUUUUUUUCUGUGAUAAGCGUGCUGUUUCUGUGCAGAGGGGUAGUUCUUGGUUUUGUUCUUGUUGUUUUACUGUUCUCGUUCUAUUUUUUAAAUCUGAUCCACUAAUUCUUGUCUUUUCUGAAGACAGGUGCAAAUGGUUGUCACUGGGAGAUGUUUAUCACUUGUGCUCUGGGUGAUGGUGAAGAUCAGAAUUUUAGCAAAGAUGUUAAGUCUUUGUUUUCAUAACAGUGAGCUGCCCGUGGUAACAAGUAGACAAAUUACUUGAGGCUAGUAAUUGUAAGUGCACUGAAACAAGCUAUUUCUUGAAGACAUCUUGGCAUAUGCAUUUAGAAAGUAUUGCUGCAAUAAAGUGUUUUUGACUUUCUUGAAACAAAAUAAUAAAUCCAUCAAGUGUGGGUUUUGGGGUUUUGUUUUUUUUUUUUGGUUAUCCUUUAUUAAUGUUUCUUGUCUUCCGUAGACUUUUUAUCUGACUGGUGGCACCUGAACUAGCAAUUGCAGCAUACUACAUUAGGACAUGUUUAUGACAGCAAUUUGUGUUACUGUACAUUUUGAUGGCAGUGACCUGAAAAACAGUAUGCCUCCAAGUUUAAGAAGAGUUGUCUUGUUUCAUGGGUGUGAUCAGAAUGCUGUGUAUGUAUGGCAGCUGGAGAGGCUCAUUUUCUGUUUGACACGGCCUGUUAAUAAAGUUCUGCUUUUUGAACUUUUA